AUGGAGACCACAAAAACGAAGUAUAUUUUUUUCACGUUUGUCAACACUGAGCGAAUUCGGCAAGGAAGGCGGUUAUUAGUUAUUUUGCCUCUGUUCAUGACUGUGCUCAUUGCCUUAUUUUUUAUUUUUCUGGGAAUUCUGCCAAAAUUUCAUCAGACGAUUUUAAUACAGAAUAUUCAAAACGAAAGUCCAAAUUACUCUCCAACAUUUAAUCCAGAUAUAUCAUUUGCCAGUUACUAUGAUGACAAUAUGGUGUUACAAAAGGCUCCUGACCGAUCCAUUCUCUGGGGAUAUGCUAAAAGACCAGGAAUUGAAGUUAAGAUAUUUCUUGAUCAUUCAUUAAGUGCAUCAGUUCGGAGCUAUUAUCAUUGGUCUGCCAAAUUCAGCAUGUGGAAAGCCAAACUUCCACCUAUGAAACCUGGAGGCCCUCACACCAUAAUUGUGCUAUCCUCAAAGGUUGCCUUAUCUUUAAAUAAUGUCCUCUUUGGAGAUGUCUGGAUUUGUUCAGGUCAAAGCAAUAUGCAGUUCACCACAAACAUGGCAUUCAAUGGUACCAAAGAAGGAAUUGCAUCAAACCACUAUCCAGAAAUCCGAGUGUUUACUGUUGGCAUCAGCAGUUCCAAUGUAUCUUUUGAUGACUUUGUUCAAAUUACAGAGCCAUGGUCAAUUGCAGCACCAGAUAAAAUUCUUGGUCCACAUUGGUCUUAUUUUUCUGCAAUUUGCUGGAUGUUUGGUCGACGCUUAUAUGAAAUGCAUAAGCAUCCUAUUGGCUUGAUCAGCUCAUCUGUUGGAGGGACAAUCAUUCAAGCUUGGUCAUCACCUGAUGUCUUGAAGAAAUGUCAAAAAAGUGAAAAUAGAACUGAAUAUGGCAAUCCUUAUAACAUGGAUUCAGUUUUGUGGAAUGCAAUGAUUCAUCCUUUGUUAAACAUGACUAUAAAUGGUAUUAUAUGGUAUCAAGGGGAAUCCAAUCAUUAUGAACCCAAACUAUAUUCCUGCUUGUUCCCAGCUAUGAUCAAGGAUUGGAGGUCAAAGUUCAAUGAAGGCUCAAACUCUGAAACAUCACAAAACUUUCCUUUUGGGUUUGUUCAGCUUGCUCCUUAUUUUACAAUGGGUAACAAUAUUAAUUGGCCAGAACUACGUUGGGCACAAACUGCAAAUAUUGGUUUUGUGCCUAAUACGCUUAUGCCAAAUGUUUUUAUGGCUGUUGCCAUGGAUUUACCAGAUAAAAGUUCACCCUAUGGCAGCAUUCAUCCACGUUACAAAGAGGAGAUAGCAUCUCGUCUUCUUCUUGGAUUGAAGUCGCUCUCCUAUAAGCAUCAAGUCAAUCCAUUCCAGGGACCAUUUCCACAGAUAUUUCUUGUUUCAGGUUCAAAGAUAUUCAUUAAAUAUGGAACAUCUCUUGACUUCAGGAAUGUCAAGAAUUUUGAAAUUUCCUGUCCUCAUCCAUCAUAUAAAAAUUGUACUUUUCAAAAAUGGCAUCCAGCACCAGCCUCACUUAAUACAAGCAACACUGUAAUGAUCUUAACUACUGGAAUUUGUCCACAUCACCUCAUUUGUGGUGUUCGUUAUGCUUGGAGUCCAGUUCCCUGUCACCUGAAGAACUGCUCUCUAUAUGGCAAAGAGAAUCUUUUACCAGGCCCACCAUUUAUCAGAAUGUUUUAA